CAGUUUUUUACAACUUUUUAAUUUGUGCUUUUUUGUAAGCUUUUUAGUGUAAGUAGUCAUUGCUUGGUGGUGCCUACAAUAUCAAUUUACCAGCAAAACAAUCCAAAUCCACACUGUUUAAGAGUUCAGUACCUACUUUGCAGCAUCAGGAUUAAAGAGUUGGAACUUGGAAUUCAAUAACUAAGUCUAUGCUUGACAAUCACAAUAUUAUUUCACCAAGAACAGUUUCUGAAUCGCUGUGGUUAAGGAGUGCUGUGACCUGCAUCAUCAGCAGUCCACGAUGUCGGAAGCCGAAGAAGUUCUCAACGAAAUCCUUGCGAAAGUAGCCAAAGAACAAGGCUACGAAGAUUGCCAGAUAUCUUCCAAGCAGAUAUCAAGCGGAGGAGCGAACUACACCAGCUUUAUAUACCAAGCCAGUAUCUCAGCACCGAAUAAAGAGGAGCUCAACUUAUUCGUCAAAGUAGCAGCAGCGGGAGAAAAAAUGAGGAGCAUUGCGCCUUUCCGUAUCUUCGAAAUAGAGAGUUUUGGAUACAAUGUGUUACUGAAGAGGUAUAAAGAACUGGAGGAAAAGUACAAAGUCCCAGAAGUACAUAGACUGGUAACUCCCAAGUUUUAUGGCAACAGUGACGAGUAUUUAAGAGAGGCGAUAGUCUUAGAGGAUUUAUCAGCAUCUGGAUACACCGCUUAUGACAGAUUCAAGUCAGUGGAUUGGGAGUAUGCGUCGAAAAGUGUUCAGAAUUUAGCGAAACUCCACGCCUUAUCAAUCGCUUGGUCUAUCGAGGAUCCGGAAGGAUUUAAAGCCACUGACACAAUGUCAAUGGCUGAUUCUUUAGACGGCAUUAUGGCUUACUUGGACACUAUCAUCACAAAUGCUUUAGAAGUUACUCGAGAGGAGAAUAAGGAACGCCUUUCCAAGUUCGUCCGGAAAAUAAGGGACGAUAAAGAUUAUAUGUUGAUGUUCUACAAGCCCAUAAAGCGGCCGGUGAUAGGUCAUGGCGACUAUAGGCCGAGCAAUUUGAUGCACAAGGUUAACGAGGAUGGCACCAUCAACAUAAUUUCGAUUGACUACCAAACGCUGCAGCGGGUGAAUCCUAUCUUGGACCUGAUGUACUUCAUCUUCAAUGGUUCGGACAAGAAGUUCCGAGACAAGCAUUUCAAGCAGACCUUGGAGUUGUACUACACGGAACUGUGCGCCGCUCUCCGCAGACUCGACCUCGAUCCUAACGAGAUAUACCCGAGGGAUAACUUUGACUACGAGUUGCAAGAGGUUAUGCCCUACGGGCUGGUAACGGCCAUGUUCUGCCUGCUGCUGGUCACCGUGGAGGAGGCGGACGCGCCCACCGUCAGCAAGGACAUCGCCAUCACCGACUUCGCGCUCACCCCCAGCACGCUGUACAAGGAGCGGCUCAACGACAUCGUCGACGGUUUUGUAGCAAUGGGCAUUAUUUGAGAACAAACGCUUUCAAAUAGUAAAUGUAUAAUGAAUCUUAAAUCCGACUAAUAUUAUAAACGCAAAAGUUUGUACGUAGGGAUGGAUGUUUGUUACUCUUUCACGCAAA